CUUCUUCAUAGGGUUUCGCCGACCAUAACUUGCGGCGAUAUGAUUUACGGCGCAUAAGCUUGGCUUCAACGCAGGCAUCAAGAAAUUACGCGUCGUGCCGCGGACGAAACCCGCACGAGCCGUUACCUAUACAUAGCUUGCUCCAGCCCGUUCUUCACCGUUAUCAAAUUGCUGUUACCAUUCUAAUAUUUUUUUCAAACAUCUAGUUCAAAACAAGAAAAUCGAAGCGCUCCGAACAUGGUCACUAUUCAAACGGUUCGGUCGAACAACGCCGCUCUUAAAGAUCUAGGACCCGGCCUCGUCGCCGUCUUUGUAGGCGGCACCAGCGGGAUUGGUCUCUCCACAGCAAGAGCAUUCGUCAAAAACACGACCGCCCCGCGGGUCUAUCUCGUCGGCCGCAAUCAGGAAGAAGCAACCAAAAUAACGCAGGAGUUCGAUAAAAUCAAUCCCGAGAGCAAAACCACCUUCGUCAAAGCAGACCUCUCCCUCCUCCGUAAUGUCGACAAAGCGUGCAGCGAGAUCCAAGCCAGGGAGCCCAAGGUCAACCUCCUUUUCAUGACCGCGGGCUACUUCACUACGAAAGGACGCGAAGAAACCGCUGAAGGCCUUGAUCGGAAAUUCAGCUUGCAUUACUACGCACGCUGGCGGUUCGCACAAAAUCUCCUACCUCAACUUACUGCUGCGGGGACCUCUACCCCUCUUUCCCGAGUCGUCUCUGUUCUCGAUCCCAAUAUCCGAACUGGCUUGGUCCUCGACGAUCUGAGUUUGAAGACGCAUUUCACUCUUGGCAACUGCGCAGCACAUGCUUGUGCCUUCAACGACUUUGCAGUGGAGACGAUGGCUGCUGCAAACCCGAACACAGCGUUUGUGCAUGCGUUCCCAGGACUCGUUAAUACUGGACUUGCGAGAACAUUUGGACCUGUACUGAGAGUAGGCGUUGGCAUUUUGAUGACUGUCCUGAAGCCGUUCAUGGUGCCGCUUCCAGAAAGCGGAGAGCGGCAUUUGUACGCCGCUACAAGCCAGACAUAUCCACCGAAGGCGAAGGCUGGUGAGGGCGCAGCGCUUGGGAGUGAUGGGGUCAAGGGCAGCGGUGCGUAUUGGUUAAGCUGGAAUGGAGAGAGGAUGGAAAAUGAGCGCUUGAAGGGGUAUCGGGCGCAAGCAUUGGGAAAGACUGUUUGGGCGCAUACUCAGGAGGUUUUUGACAAGAUCCGUGGAACUGAAGGGGGGAAGUACUGAGAAUCAAUGAAUGUUAAUGGGAGGAUGAGAAUGAUGCAAGAUUAACGAGUCAAAUAUGGCAAUUGUAUGGAUGGAGGGAUUCCUUUGGAGGGCGAGGUUAUGUUUCGAAGUCCUGUUGUCAAGCGUUAUAUUAGCUGAACGAUAUCCAAUACGUCUCCUCUCACGUUUCAAGGCGCCGUCUAAUCACACGCAAAGCCCUGAGACGCACGGACGACACGAGAUAUCCCUGAGCGACGACCUUGCUUCAUUCGCCUUCGUCCAUC